GCUACAGUGGACGUUAUCACCCCGAAGAUGGCGGCGUACAGACGUGCUCAGCAGCUCCUGUUGUUGACGCUCGUUUCAUUUUGCAUCUUUUGCAACGUUCGAGGUUUUAAAACACAAAAUAAUGCUAUGGCUAACGUCCCCGUGGACCCACCCAACCCUCCCGGAAUGAAAGCAGCGCCGAGGGAUGUCCCUGUCGCUGCGGCCUCCCAGCCUCGAAGGACGACCGGCUGGAAGCUGGCCGAAGAGGAGGCCUGCCGGGAGGACUUGUCCCGCCUGUGUCCCAAGCACACCUGGACCAACAACCUGGCUGUGCUGGAGUGUCUCCAGGAUCGUAAAGAGGAAACGGAGCUAGCCGCAGACUGUAACCAUCUUCUGUGGAACUACAAACUCAAUCUCACCAUGGAUCCCAAGUUUGAGUCGGUGGCCACGGAGGUGUGCCGGAGCACCCUCUCAGAGAUCAAAGAGUGCAACGAGGAGGAGCGGGGGAAGGGGUUCCUGGUGUCCUGCUUGGUGGACCACCGGACCAACAUCAGCGAGUACCAGUGCAACCAGUACAUCACUAAGAUGACCAGCAUCAUCUUCAGUGACUACCGCCUCAUCUGUGGCUUCAUGGACAAGUGCAAAGAGGACAUCAACUCCAUGCACUGCGGCAGUGUCAAUGUAGGACAGAAGGACGUCCAUUCCCAGGGCAAGGUGAUCGGCUGCCUGGAGAAGGCCCUGGUCAGGGAGGCGGAGCAGGAGGUGCAGACCAACCCCAUCAAGGAGGACUGUAAGAAGGCCAUCAUGCGGGUGGCCGAGCUGUCGUCGGACGAUUUCCACCUGGACCGCUACCUCUACUUCUCCUGUCGAGAAGACCGCGAGCGCUUCUGUGAGAAUACCCAGGCCGGCGAAGGGAAAGUCUACAAGUGUCUCUUCAACCAUAAGUUUGAGGAGGCUAUGUCAGAGAAGUGCCGCGAUGCGCUGACCACACGGCAGAAGCUGAUCGCCCAGGACUACAGGGUCAGCUACUCGCUGGCCAAGGCCUGCAAGGCGGACCUGAGGAAGCAGCACUGCAACCUGGAGAACAACCUGCCUCGGGCCCGCGAGGCUCGCCUCUCCUACCUGCUGCUGUGCCUAGAGUCCGCCGUGCACCGCGGGCGUAUGGUGAGCGGGGAGUGCCAGGGAGAGAUGCUGGACUACCGGAGGAUGCUGAUGGAGGACUUCUCCCUAAGCCCCGAGAUCGUGCUCCACUGCCGGGGCGAGAUCGAGACCCACUGCUCCGGGCUGCAUCGCAAAGGGCGCACCCUCCACUGUCUCAUGAAGGUGGGCCGGGGAGACCGGAGCGCCACCGUGGAGAACCUCUGCCAGAACGCUCUCCAGAACCUGGUGCAGUCCGCCGACCCCGGGGCCGACUACCGCAUCGACCGGGCCCUGAACGAGGCGUGUGAGUCGGUCAUCCAGACCGCCUGCAAACACAUCCGCAGUGGGGACCCCAUGAUUCUGUCGUGUUUGAUGGAACACCUCUACACAGAGAAAAUGGUGGGUGACUGUGAACACAGGCUUCUGGAGCUCCAGUACUUCAUCUCAAGAGACUGGAAACUGGACCCCAUCCUGUAUUUGAAGUGCGAGGGGGAUGCGGCUCGCCUGUGCCACACGCGCGGCUGGAACGAGACCAGCGAGCUGAUGCCCCCCGGCGCCGUCUUCUCCUGCCUCUACCGCCACGCCUACCGCACCGAGGAGCAAGGCAGACGGCUUGGUCCAGAAAACUAUCUCUCUAGGGACUGCAAGGUGGAGGUGCAGCGGAUUCUCCACCAGAGGGCGCUGGACGUGAAGCUGGAGCCGGAGCUCCAGAGGCGCUGCAUGACGGACCUGGGGAAGUGGUGCAGUGAGAAGACCGACACCGGGCAGGAGCUGGAGUGUCUCCAGGACCACCUGGAGGAUCUGAUGCCUGCCUGCAGGGAGGUGGUGGGCAACCUGACCGAGCUAGAAUCCGAGGACAUCCAGAUUGAUGCUCUGUUAAUCAGAGCCUGUGAGCCUAUCAUCCAAGCACACUGUCAUGAUGUUGCUGAUAACCAGGUUGAUACUGGCGACCUGAUGGAGUGUCUGGUCCAGAAUAAACACCAAAAGGAAAUGAACGAAAAGUGUGCCGUGGGUGUCACCCACUUCCAAUUGGUGCAGAUGAAAGACUUUCACUUCUCCUACAAGUUCAAGAUGGCCUGCAAAGAGGAUGUCCUCAAGUUGUGCCCCAACAUCAAGAAGAAGGUGGACGUGGUCAUCUGCCUGAGCACCACGGUGAAGAACGACACCCUGCAGGAGGCCAAAGAGCAGCGCGUCGCCCUCAAGUGUCGCAAGCAGCUCCGCGUGGAGGAGCUGGAGAUGUCUGAAGACAUUCGUCUGGAGCCUGAGUUGUACGACUCCUGUAAGAAUGACAUCAGCCAUCUCUGCUCCAAUGUGGCCUUCGGGAACGCCCAGAUGAUUGAGUGUCUGAAGGAGAACAAGAAGCAGCUGACGUCUCGGUGCCACCAGCGUGUCUUCCGGCUACAGGAGGUGGAGAUGAGCGACCCCGAGCUCGACUACCAGCUCAUGAGGGUGUGCAAGCAGAUGAUCAAGAGGUUCUGUACGGAGGCGGAUGCCAGGAAUGUUCUCCAGUGUCUGAAGCAGAACAAGAACAGCGAGCUGAUGGACCCCAAGUGUAAACAGAUGAUCACCAAGAGACAGAUCACCCAGAACACAGACUACCGGCUGAACCCGGUCCUGCGGAAGGCGUGCCGCGCCGACAUCCCUAAGUUCUGCCAGCCGGUGCUGAACAAGGCCAGCGACGACACGGAGCUGGAGGGACGGGUCAUCAGCUGCCUCAAGCUGAAGUACGCCGACCAGAGGCUGUCUCCUGACUGUGAGGACCAGAUCAGAGUGAUUCUCCAGGAGUCUGCCCUGGACUACAGACUGGACCCACAGCUGCAGAUGCAUUGCACAGACGAGAUCUCCAGGCUGUGUGCCGAGGAGGCGGCGGCCCAGGAGCAGACGGGGCAGGUGGAGGAAUGUCUCAAGGUGAACCUGCUGAAGAUCAGACAGGACGCCUGCAAGAAGGAGGUGCUGAACAUCCUGAAGGAGAGCAAGGCGGACAUCUUCGUGGACCCGGUGCUGCACACGGCGUGCGCCCUGGACCUCAAGCACCACUGUGCGGCCAUCCCCCCGGGCCGCGGACGACAGAUGAGUUGUCUAAUGGAGGCGCUGCAGGACAAGAGGGUUCGAUUGCAGCCCGAGUGCAAGAAGAGGCUGCAGGACCGCAUCGACAUGUGGAGCUAUGCUGCAAAGGUGGCGCCAGCAGAGGGUUUCUCUGACCUGGCCAUGCAGGUGAUGACGUCACCCUCAAAGAACUACAUCCUGUUCAUGAUCGCGGUUGGCGUGUGCGUUCUCUUCCUGGUUGUAAGUUGGAGAGCAAGACUUCAUCGCAUAAUAUGGACUACUGCACAAAAAUCCUUCCCAGCAGAGACUAAGCAUCGUCAGUUUAACUAAUGUUCACAGGAGAUGCCAAUGGUUAGGCUUCCUCCAUUUUAAUUUUGCUGGCUGGUUGAAUGGUGCCAGUAAAUAAAGUUUUUUUUUUUUUCUCACAUGCAAAAUUAUUAACAUGCACACAAGGAAAUUCUCAUUAUGAUGAAGUCAGAUAUUUCUAAAUGAAUUCUGUGUGAAUUGUAAUGCUGCUGACCAUUUAUAGCGCUUUCAGAUUGACCAUUUAAGGUUGACUUCUGAAAGGGGGAAGAAACAAUUAUUAGGAACGAAGAGCUCAUGUCAGCGCAUGUAACAGAAGUGCUUGGUCUGGAGGAAAGCUUACUGUUUGACUGAAACUAACUGAACACUUCAGACUUUUUCCGAAUUCUUUUUUCUUGUCUUGGGAGACACGCGUCUGCUAAAAGUGAGUAGAUGAUUAUGACAUCUUCCUCUGUGUAUAAAGGUUAUGGGUGUGCAAUUUAUUUUGGUUUUGAGAUAAUGCCAUGUAAUAUUGAGGUAACAGAUUUAACAUUGUGAGAUUUCAUUUUGCUGUACAUACAAAAUUUGUGGAUUUAAUAAAAUUGUCUGCAGAUUUUCAUAUUUUGGCCUUGUCUUGAGUCAUAUGUUGAAUAAAUAAUUAUAUACAAUAGUUUAACACCAGUUUCCUAAACUGGACAAAAGCAAUUUGCUGUGUAUAAUCGUAACCUUGUGCAUCUGUAGCAUAUUGAAAGAAAACGAGUGUCCAUUUUUACAAAGUAUUUAAUAAACAUUUCACAUGGUUUAUAAAAAAAGUGCCUCUAAGAUUUAUCACUUUUACUUACUUAUGAUCC